GUGGAAGAUGUCCCUGCACACAGCAGSGGUGGAACGGGAUGAGCUUUGAGGUCCCUUUCCACUGGAACCAUUUGGGGAUUCUGUAAACACCGAAGAUGAAGAACCUCCAUAAGGAGAGUGUUUUGAAUUACUUUGCCAGGUUUGCUACAACCCCAGUGCUGUUGCAGCUGUGGAUUAUGGCUUUAAGGCAAAAAGUUCCCCUCUGGUCCCUGUGAGAGCCUUAUCCUCACCUUGCGAUCCUUCCUGCUGGCAUUAGCAGCAGUCACAAACAGUUCAUGGGAAGGAAGUUGUGUCUGGGAAUCAACGGGAAGGCUCAGCUUUCCCUGUUAAGGUGUGUCCUUGUUUACCCUGUGCAGGGGCUUUGAGGCUGCUCACAGUCACCUGGAUUUGAGGGUUAUAAAUACCUCAGUUCACAGAAGUGUUUUCGGUCAUCUGAGCAUCAAAACUGAAUUAUUGGGGUCAGGAUCUGUGGGUUAGUGUUUAGGCAAAGCAGCUUGUGAGAGUAUUCUUCAGACUGGAUUUCCAUGUGCUUUUAUUAUUAUUUAUUCUGUUUAGGGAAGCAGUCACCUCUUACUAAAAUAAAGACUGAUUAUAACAUAACUCUGUAUUUACGUCACUAACAAAUGCUCUUCUGCAAAGCAGCCUGUACAGCAAUGCCUUUAUGUUCCAUAAUAACAUUCAUAUUCUGAUCUUACGGCUGAAAYGCAGCAGUUUAUGUAAACCAAGUGAAGCCUAUGCAGAAGACUGUGCCGAGACUUAUUUCACCUUAUCUUAAAGCAUUUAAGGACAGGUUAAAGUAAGUUCUCCUGUCAUGGAAAUAGGUGUGUGCUGAUUUAUUUGUGUUUGUUUCAAGACAGACUUUUAUGCAGCACAUGAAAUGCUUUUUGAUGUCUUUGAUGCUGUCUUCUGCUGCCAGAGUUAAAGGGGAUGAGUUUUGUGUUUGRUUUGGGCUUGAAAGGGAUGAUUUUUUCUGGUAGGCAUUCAUUACAUCAUUUUAUUUUUGGGGAGCUUUCUGUUUCGUAGUUACUCUGUUUAAGUGAGUGGAGUUCAGUGAGCUCAGUCAAGCUGCAGGGGCAGCUGGAAGAAGUUGUAGAUGAAAGAACCAUAUUGAUUAYUCGUCCUUCUCAACAGUGGUUUUCUGAUCCCAACGUCCCCUCCAAUUCCAGCAUGACAGUCGAGUAGMACUGCUGGACCAUCUUUGCCAAGCUCUUCUCUUAGGAAACGCCAGCAACUCCUCACAGCACGGAGGACCAGCAUGAAUGUGAACUGUGCUGGAGGCACAGACUGGUCAAGAAAUCAGGAGUCCAGUUGUCCUGUGGAAAACAGAACUGUAGCAGCCCAUGAGUCAGAAGAAAGUUCUGUGGUGUUAGGAGGUCACAGCCCUGCAGUUCCCAGGGCUGAAAGUCUGGACUCUGAAUGCCGACACAACACUUGCCCAGUAAGUCCCCAGAUCAGUAGCAUGCUCUCUGCUCCUGAAGARCCUCACAACUGCCAUUUCCCAGAUGGAAAUAAGAGACAGCCGGAAUAUUUUAAUACCCAGGAACGCCACGGAUGCUGCGCUUUGUCUUCAAGCAGCAGUUCCCAGACAGUGGCUCCAGAGAAAGUGACCUUGGUGGUGGAUGGCACCCGCUUUGCAGUGAAUCCCCAGAUCUUCACUGCUCACCCUGAUACCAUGCUGGGAAGGAUGUUUGGGCCAGGCAGAGAGUACAAUUUCACCAGGCCAAAUGAGAAGGGCGAAUACGAGAUCGCAGAAGGGAUCAGCUCGGCCGUGUUCCGCACCGUGCUGGAUUAUUACAAAACYGGAAUCAUUAACUGCCCAGAUGGGAUUUCCAUCCCAGACCUUCGAGACACAUGUGAUUACCUCUGCAUAAACUUUGAUUUCAACACAAUCAAAUGUCAAGAUUUAAGUGCUCUGUUACAYGAGCUSUCCAACGAYGGGGCUCACAAGCAGUUUGACAGCUACCUGGAGGAGCUGAUCCUGCCCAUCAUGGUGGACAGCGCCAGGAAGGGCGAGCGGGARUGCCACAUCGUCGUGCUGACAGAUGAGGACACCGUGGACUGGGAUGAGGAUCAUCCCCCUCCCAUGGGAGAGGAGUAUUCACAAAUCCUUUACAGUUCCAAGCUGUACAGAUUCUUCAAGUACAUCGAGAACCGGGACGUGGCAAAAGCUGUGUUAAAGGAACGGGGCCUGAAGAACAUUCGCAUUGGCAUUGAAGGGUAUCCCACGUGCAAGGAGAAGGUGAAGAGGAGGCCUGGUGGCCGCUCCGAGGUGAUCUACAACUACGUGCAGAGGCCGUUCAUCCAGAUGUCCUGGGAAAAGGAGGAGGGCAAGAGCCGCCACGUUGAUUUCCAGUGUGUUCGCAGCAAAUCCCUAACAAACCUGGUCACAGUGGGGGAUGAUGUGUCAGAGGACCAUGAGGUUAUAAUGCAUCACCCYCCCCAAGUGGAUGAACUGGACAGGCUGAACGCCCCCUUCUCCCAAAUGGUUGUUAACGAUCUACCGGAUUAGCGUGGCUCAGGGUGGAGAAUCCUGCUGGAUGUGGGAACCUCUCGCCGUAGUUUCAUCCCAGGUGAUGGGACACAGACUCCUGCAAGGUGCUUUAUCCUCGUUCAUGCUCUUACUACGUUGUCGUAUUUCAAGCAUGUUAAUAAAGAGCCACACUCCAUAGUCUUAAUUGUGCAAUCAAAAGCAACAUCUCCUCAGACAAAAAGAAAUGAUCUGUUGUUUCUACUACAAAGGCUUCUGGAUUGUGGGUGCUGAAUAUUUUAUCUAGACUUCUGAAAGAAGAGCACAAGUGUGUAGAAACGUCUUGCUUGACAUGAGAGAGGAAAUUCUGGGCCUGUCAAGACAAAGCUUUCCUUUACCAUUAGGCACAGCUUUGUUUUUGUGAGGAUCAAUUACAGAAGACUGAACAUCAAAGCAGGACAGAUGAUAUUCUUUAUCAACCAGCAGAAAUGUAGCACAGUGUGACAGCAUAAGCCUGAGCGUGGAGGAAUCUGUUUGCACUGCCACCUGGCUUUGGAUCCAGCGUGGUGUACUGCUGCCUGAGGGAAGGAGGARCCAGUUCCAUAGGAAGCACAUGCCUGUUCACAGGAAUUCCCUAUCUAUACUUCUCUGUGAGAUGGAAUUGUUGUUUUAGGGAUGUUUUCUGUUCAGUAAAAAUGAGUAGAUCAUGCUAAAGGAAAACCCAAAAGAGACUGUAGCUGAUAUUUUACCAACAAAAUAAAUCUGUUAAUAGCCAAA